AAUCGAAACUGUCAAACAGCUGUCACCAAAUUUAACGCGUGUACGAUUGAAGAUUCGUGGUCUUUUGCUCAGAAAAAAGGGUUUAUCUUGGACACAAUUCAUCAAUUAAAUACAACGAAAUAGGUAUUGAAAAUGCCAACAAUAGGUGUUAAACGUGACCUUUUGUUCCAGGCUUUGGACAAAAAAUACACUGAUGAUGAAUUCCAAACUUUGUGUUUUGCUUUUGGCCUGGAAUUGGAUGAAGUGACCACCGAGAAGCAAAUGUUAACCCGAGAACAAGGCGAUGAUGCUGCUGGUGCUGCCGAUGCAUCCGAGGAAGUAAUCUAUCGCAUUGACAUUCCAGCCAAUCGUUAUGAUUUAUUGUGCAUGGAGGGUUUGGUCACUGGGCUGUUGGUGUUUCAGGGCAAAAUAAAACCACCCAAAUUCAAAAUGGUCGAACCAGUAGGUGGCAAACGUCAAGUGAUGAAAAUAUUGCCCGAAACUGCUCAGAUUCGCCCUUAUGCUGUUGCGGCAGUUUUACGCAAUAUAACCCUUAAUCAAGCCGCCUAUGACUCGUUCAUUGAUUUGCAGGAUAAAUUGCAUCAAAACAUAUGUCGCAAACGCACUCUGGUAGCAAUUGGUACACACGAUUUGGACACCGUACAAGGUCCCUUCACUUACGAGGCCAGAACUCCAGAAAAUAUCAAUUUUACACCCUUAAAUCAAACCAAAUCAAUGAAUGGUCACGAACUAAUGGAAUUCUAUUCGACUCAUGCUCAACUCAAGCAAUAUCUACCCAUCAUUCGAGACUCACCGGUCUACCCGGUGAUCUAUGAUGCCAAUGGAGUGGUGUUGUCUUUACCUCCCGUCAUAAAUGGUGAUCAUUCAAAGAUUUCGCUGAAAACCAAAAAUAUAUUCAUAGAAUGCACUGCCACGGAUUUAACCAAAGCCAAGGUGGUAUUGGACACAAUUGUGUGUAUGUUCUCUUCGCACUGCAAGGAGAAAUUCAGCGUUGAACCUUGUGAUGUUAUUCAACCAGAUGGAACCACGGUGACCUAUCCCGAAUUGGCAGUGCGUGAAGAAAUCAUUUCUGCUCAAAAAGCCAAUGCUGCCAUAGGAAUUUCUGAGUCUUCAGAAAAAAUAGCUGAUAUGUUAACUCGCAUGUAUUUGGAAGCCGAAUGUCAAAACGCUGGAGAUGCCAUAACUGUUAAAAUUCCACCCACAAGGCAUGAUGUUAUACACGCUUGUGAUGUUUACGAAGAUGUGGCCAUUGCGUAUGGUUACAAUAACAUUAGGAAAUCUCUGCCCUCUUUCAUGCAUAUCGCCAAGCAGUAUCCUUUGAAUAAAUUAACCGAACAAUUGAGGGAACAGGUAGCUCAGGCUGGUUUUACUGAAGCUCUCACCUUUACCUUGUGUUCACGCGAUGAUGUAGCGCGCAAGUUAAACAAGACAAUAGAAAGUAUGCCAGCUGUACACAUUGCCAAUCCCAAGACUUUAGAAUUUCAAGUGGUACGUACUACAUUGCUGCCGGGACUUUUGAAAACGUUAGUGGCAAAUCGUAAAAUGCCUUUGCCAUUGAAACUUUUCGAGAUCAGUGAUGUUGUUGUGGCCGAUGAUGAUACCGAGGUGGGUGCACGCAACGAACGAAGAUUGUGUGCUGUAAACUGCAACAAGACAGCUGGCUUUGAGGUUGUUCAUGGUCUCUUAGAUCGUGUAAUGCAAUUGUUGGAAGUUCCCUGGAAAUCGGCGAGUAGUGCUGGCAAUGGUUACUAUUUGCAAGCCGCAGAAGAUCUCUCUUAUUUCCCUGGUCGUUGUGCCCAUAUAAUGCUUAACAAUGUGGCCAUAGGCAAAAUUGGUGUGCUACAUCCCACAGUGCUGCAGGCAUUUGAAUUGACUACUCCUUGUUCUGCAGUUGAAUUCAAUAUUGAGCCUUUUGUUUAGACGACAAGACUAGAGCUGUUCUUCUACGGACGGCUAUGGAAUUUUUUAUAAACCAAUAUUAUAUCCAACUGCGAAUCCUUCUAAUCUUUCACACGGCUUAGAGCAAAAUUGUAUAUUUUAUUAAUAUUUAUUUUAUUGUCACAAGUUGGUUUGCAUUUUAAAUGGCAAGAAAUCAAGAUAAUAAAGCAGAAAUAAUAAAAAGCUAUAAUAAACAACAUUUUGCAAUAAAA